GAACCUUCUCCUCACACAAACACUAUAAAUACCAAAACAAAAAACUCAAGAAAAUCAACCAACCAUAUUUUUUAGGAUUCAUCAAUGGAAAUUUUCAAGAGAAACAUGGGGACUUUCCGGGACGAAUUCGAAGGUGACGAGUUUUACGAUGAACUUAGAAGACAAGUAUUAAUAUUGACAGCAGAAGAAGAUGAAGAAGAUUAUGGUCAUCAAUCAAAUGCAAUCAAGAAUACAAACAGAGUUGAAAUGAAAUCUUCAGUGUUGCAACAACCUAAAGGAAUUCAAUUUUAUUGGUCUGGAGAUAGAGAGGAUAAUAACAAAGUUCCAAAAUGGUUAUCAGAUUUGUGGAGAAAUGGCAAUAGAGAUGAAGUGUUCAAUGGAACUGGAGUUUUCAUACCACAUAUUGUUAAAUCCAGAAGAAGAAAUAAGUCAAGAAGGAAGAACACUGAAAGAGGAAAAGCAUACAAGCCAGUGGCAACAGGAAACUGUUACUCCUAGUUGUUUUAAUCAUCAUAAUAAACUCAUUGUAUCACAUAUAUACAUGUAGACAAUAUAGUCAUACAAGACUGAAGUUUAGCUGUAUUAGCCAUGUAAAAAUUCUUUUUAAUGAAAUUUAAAACGCGAA